CUGGCAAAGAAAUACCACCCUGAUACAAACAAGGAUGACCCCAAAGCUAAAGAGAAGUUCGCUCAGCUGGCAGAAGCCUAUGAGGUAUUAAGCGAUGAAGUGAAGCGGAAACAAUACGAUGCGUACGGCACGGCCAGUUUUGAUACUGGCGCAGCAGGUGCCGGCGCUGGGCAGCAGUACUGGAGCAGUGGUCCAUCGAUUGAUCCAGAAGAGCUUUUCAGAAAAAUCUUCGGAGAGUUUUCGGGAUCUCCUUUUGGUGAUUUUCAGAAUGUCUUUGACCAGCCACAGGAGUACAUCAUGGAGCUGACGUUCACCCAAGCUGCAAAAGGCGUGAACAAGGAGAUUGUGGUGAACAUCAAUGACUCCUGCGAGCGAUGCAACGGAAAAGGAAACGAACCUGGUACCAAAGUGCAGCGCUGCCACUACUGCAGCGGCACGGGCAUGGAGACGAUAAACACCGGCCCUUUUGUAAUGCGAUCUACAUGCCGACGAUGCAGUGGCCGUGGUUCCAUCAUAACAACACCGUGUGUAGUUUGUCGAGGAACGGGGCAAACCAAACAGAAGAAGACAGUGAUAGUUCCUGUGCCAGCUGGUGUUGAGGAUGGGCAGACAGUUCGGAUGCCUGUGGGGAGGAAAGAAAUUUUCAUUACUUUCAGGGUUCAAAAAAGCUCUGUGUUCAGAAGAAAUGGAGCAGAUAUCCAUUCAGACCUCCUCAUUUCAAUAGCACAGGCUAUCCUGGGAGGCACAGCCAGAUGUCAAGGCUUGUACGAGACGAUCAAUAUCACGAUACCCCCUGGUAUUCAGCCAGACCAGAGGAUUCGAAUGAGCGGGAAAGGCAUUCCCAAGGUUAACAGCUACGGCUAUGGAGACCACUACAUUCACAUAAAGAUCAAAGUUCCUCAGAGGCUGACGGAUCGCCAGAGAGCCUUAAUGAUGAGCUAUGCCGAGGACGAGACAGAUGUGGAGGGCACGGUGAACGGGGUCACAAAUACAGCGUCAGGGAAGCGUUCUACUGGAAACUGAGAGCCAGUAGCAGCACACUGUCUUUGCUGUUGGGGAUGAAUCUUUCUGGCAGCAGGCUCUGGAGAGCGAAGGAUGUCAGUCAGCAGCACAGUGGGAAUCCCAGCUGGAGAGGCUACGUAUCUCCUGAGGCACCAACAACACAAAGCCCACCCACCAUCCUAGGAAACGGUAAUGAAGGAAAACACCAGUUUUGCAGAAAUGUGGCACUCUCUUGUGGUUCCUCCACAGUCCCUACUGUUGCUGGAAGCUUAUU